GACAAUAUCUGUCUUCUUCUGCAUUGGACGAAGCUCAGACCUUUCUCAUCCAAUCCAUAAUCAAAACCUCUAUACUUUCUCUUCUUCUUCAUCCUUCCAUGCAUGGCCAUCACAACCAUUUGUUCUUCACCUCCAACUCUCAAAACCCAUCUGUCUCCUCCGCUCUCUUCUUCUUCUAACGUCAAGUUCAACGCCAACUUAGCCUCCAAUUCCAGUGAAGCCCUCGCUAUCAUUGCCUCAGCAACCGAAGCAAUGGCCUUGGCAAGUGCAGCAGUGCAUGCAGCCCGAGAGGCCGUGGCAUUGGCUCGUGGGGUUGAAGAGGUGGAGGCGUUUGAUGGUAGUGAGAGUGUGGUGAGAGUGAGGAAAAGGAAGAGUAGGAGAAAGAAGAAAAUUAAAGAGCAUGACAAUUUGGAUAAAGGGCUUAGCAGUGCAGAUGAAUUUGUGAAGAAUAACAAGUCUUGGUACUUGAGCCCAAAAGAAGAGGCUGAGUUUUGUCUCUGUCUCAAGGAGGGUGCCAGGCUAGAAGAAGCAAGAACAAAAUUUGCAGAAUUUCAAGAGCAGAAGUCAAUUUCAAAGAAGUUAGCAGAGGCCACAGGGAAGAGAAGGAGACAAGUGGAUAAGAUUUUGUGUAAAGACAGAGAGUCACAAGAAAGGAUCACUAGGAGCUACAGGGGACUUGUAGUCUCCAUUGCUGCUGGUUAUCAAGGCAAAGGAAUAAGCAUCCAAGACCUCAUUCAGGAAGGAAGCAUUGGACUUCUUCGAGGUGCAAAGAGAUUUGAUCCAGAGAGAGGAUAUAAACUAUCAACAUAUGUUUACUGGUGGAUCAAACAAGCCAUGCUUAAAGCCAUAGCAAAUAAUUCCAGAAUAAUCAGAUUGCCGGGAAGUAUGUGUGAGAUGGUGGCAAAAAUUGCGGAAGCUAAUGGAGUCUUGACCAGAAGGUUAAGGCGGUUACCUACACAUAAUGAGAUUGCUGAAAUGCUUGACAUCCAUGUUUCUACUGUGAGGCUUGCUUUCGAGAGGACCAGGCAUCCAAUUUCCUUGGAUCGAGCUGUAACUGUUCGCGGCAGCAUGACACUUCAGGAUAUUAUGCCAGGGCCAGAUGAGACAAAGCCAGAAAAGAUGGUGGAAAAGCAGCUAAUGAAGCAAGAGUUGGAGGAUCUUCUCAAAACACUAACCCAAAGAGAAGAAAAAAUAUUGAGAUUAUAUUAUGGACUAAAUGGAGACACCCCUCUGACACAUGAGCAAAUAGGGAAAGUUUUGAGGCUCUCCAGGGAGAGAGUUCGACAGAUUAUUGGCAUUGCGUUAAAAAAAUUACAACAGACAGAUAAUCUGAACAAUCUGAAAGUGUACGUUGUAUAGACUUUUUCAUUUAUGAACAGACUGAAGUUAGGUAUGGAUAAAGAUAAUGCACAGAGGUUUCUUCAUGUUCCUGGCAUUUAUCAUUUGAGCAACUAUCCAGUCUGGACCAAGAAAUAGCAGUACUUUUUUCGGCUAAACAAUGUCAUGAUUUCCCAUGUCAGAUCAAAUGAAAACAAGCUCUUUCUUGGUACCAGAGUAUGGCCAGUCUUUUGAAAUAUAAAUUACACAUACGGAUAUCUAGUUCAUCAUGCCUCAAAACUGCAUCUGGCAGUAAAGUAAUAUGUCAAGAUACUAAUUGUAAGAGGUAUGAGAUAUGGAUCUUAUAUAAGAAAGUAUAAGUUUAUAGUUUGUA